AUGCAUCAGCUAAAAUUUAUUGUUAUUUCACUUGUGCUUGUACCUGCUGUGCAUUUGGUAUAUGCAUCAUACAACGGUGAAAAAAAACAAGACAAUACAUAUGAAAAUCUUACAGAACAAGGAUCCUACGAUUUCAUUGUUGUUGGAUCGGGACCAGGUGGGGGCACUGUUGCCACGCGUUUAGCAUUACGAGGAUUCAAAGUUCUUCUUAUCGAAGCUGGAAAAGAUUAUGAUACAAGAAAUACAUCGAUUCCCGGUCUGUGGCCAAACAGUGUUAACGACGACGAAAUGCGUUGGGAUAUGAAGGCGUAUUUGUUUAAUAAUUCAGCACAACAGUCAACGGAACAAAUAUUAUAUCCUAGAGCUAGCCUCUUAGGAGGGUGUUCAAUGCAUAAUGUUAUGAUAGCAUUGUCAGCGCAUCCAUUAGAUUGGGAUAAAAUGGCAAAAUUACUUGAUGAUGAAUCAUGGAACUUUAAAAAUAUGCAAAAAUAUCGGCAUAUAGUUGAAAAUUGUGAAUAUUGUAGUAAGAAAAACAAAACAAAAUUUAGAGGCUGGCUUAAUAUAUCUGUACCACAAAUACCCAUCAAAAAAGAUGUGAAACUAAUUAGUUUGUUUGAUACAAUUACUGAACAAUUGGUCUAUAAUCCAGAUGUGAAUCAUAAUAAUACAUAUGAAAGCUGGUUUUUAGGUGCUGAUCUUAUUACUAAGGAAACAGCAACAAGAUCGAGUAUUUAUCAGCGAAUCAAAGAAGUACAAAAACUAAGACCCAAAAAUUUACAUGUAUGGACUAAUACAUUUGUUAUGAAAAUAAUCAUUGAAAAUAAACAGGCUCGCGGUGUUAAUUAUGUUAAAGGUUCCGAUCUGUAUAGUGCAAGUCCAAAGUCUACAAUUGAUCAACGCAAUCGUUCGUCUCAACGACAAUAUUCGAUUUAUGCAAAAUAUGAUGUAAUCAUUAGUGGUGGUGCGUUCAAUACACCACAAAUUUUACAACUAAGUGGUAUUGGUAAUAAAAAGUUAUUAAAAAAAUAUAACAUUAAAGUCAAAGAAAAUUUAGCAGGAGUUGGUAGAAACAUGCAGGAUCAUCAUGAAGUAACUUAUAUAUUAAAAAUGAAACAAAAUUGGACUUUGCUAAAGGGAUGCAUUUUUGGCGCGAAUAAUAGCGAUCCAUGUUUAGCAGAAUAUUAUAAAACAAGAAAAAAUGUUUAUGCAAACAACGGAAAUCUCCUUCUUGCAUCAAGAAGUCCCAGUAUGAAUCUAACAUCUGCCACACCAAAUUAUUUAACAGUAAAUAGUGCAGAAACGCAUAGUAAAAACAAUAUGGGCACAGUUGAAAUAAAAUCGAAAGACCCGUUUCAAACACCAUUAAUACAAUUUCAACUAUUUAAUGAACAAGAUGAUGAUCUUAGUCGAAUAGUACAAAAUCUUCGAUAUAUACGAAAGCUGUUAAAUCGUAAGCCCUUAUCCAAUUAUAUUGAAGAAGAAGUAUUACCGGGUUCAAAUGUAACAUCGACAGCAGAUCUUGAAGAACACAUACGAAAAAAUGUUUAUGGACAUCAUGCAUGCUGUUCGUCAAAGAUGGGUUUGUCUAGUGACAAAAUGGCUGUUGUAGACUCAAAAGGACGAGUGAGAAAUAUUAAAAAUCUUCGUAUUGUCGAUAACUCAAUAUUUCCGAUAGCACUGGGCUGGUUUCCAAUGUUGCCGAUAUAUAUGGCAUCAGAAAAAUUGGCCGAUGAUAUUGCUACACAUUAUGGCAAAUGA